AUGGCUGUUGGUAAGAAUAAGAGAUUGUCCAAGGGUAAGAAGGGAUUGAAGAAGAAGGUCAUCGACCCUUUCACCAAGAAGGAAUGGUUUGACAUCAAGGCCCCAUCCACCUUUGAAAACAGAGCCGUUGGUAAGACCUUAAUUAACAGAUCCACUGGUUUAAAGAAUGCUGCUGACGGAUUAAAGGGCCGUGUUGUCGAAGUCUGUUUAGCUGAUUUACAAGGUUCUGAAGACCACUCUUCCAGAAAGGUCAAGUUGAGAGUUGAUGAAGUCCAAGGUAAGAACUUGUUGACCAACUUCCACGGUAUUGACUUCACCACCGACAAAUUGAGAUCUUUGGUCAGAAAAUGGCAAUCAUUAGUCGAAGCUAACGUUACCGUUAAGACUUCCGAUGAUUACGUCUUGAGAAUUUUUGCUAUUGCCUUCACCAAGAGACAAGCUAACCAAAUCAGAAAGACCACUUACGCCCAAUCCUCUAAGUUGAGAGAAGUUAGAAAGAAGAUGAUUGAAAUCAUGCAAAGAGAAGUUUCCAACUGUACCUUAGCUCAAUUAACCUCCAAGUUGAUUCCAGAAGUCAUUGGCCGUGAAAUUGAAAAAUCUACCCAAACCAUCUUACCAUUACAAAACAUUCACAUUAGAAAGGUUAAAUUAUUGAAACAACCAAAAUUCGAUUUAGGUUCUUUAUUAGCCUUACACGGUGAAGGUUCUACUGAAGAAAAGGGCAAAAAAGUCUCCGCUGGUUUCAAGGAUGUUGUCUUAGAAACUGUUUAA